AAUGAAGGGAGAAAAGACUAAAAAUAGACAUGACAAUGAAAUGAGAUUUUGCUGUAGUUUUUGCUUUUUUAUCUUUAUUUUUCAGAAGUAUGACAGAUGAUCUCUCUGUGAUACGAACUCCAAGGAAUUAAGAAUUCCAGCCUGAACUAAUCUAUAAUGGAGAAGACGGAAUGCAAAGUACCAACAUGGAGACCACUGUUCUAUUGUUAACUUCACUGUAGACAUGUGCCCUCAAAGCAGAGAGUGAAAGGCUCCCAGGACACCUUUUAUAUCCUUGUACCCUUUUUUCUCCCUCCUGGAGAAAAGAGAAACAAUGACCUAUUAUAGAUGUUGCUUGAUCCUCUUGGCAUUAACCUGGAACACUUCUGCCUAUGGCCCUGACCAGAGAGCACAGAAGAAGGGUGAUAUUAUUCUUGGAGGACUCUUUCCAAUUCAUUUUGGAGUAGCAGCUAAAGAUCAGGAUUUGAAAUCAAGGCCGGAAUCAGUGGAAUGUAUCAGGUAUAAUUUUCGAGGCUUUAGAUGGUUACAAGCUAUGAUUUUUGCCAUCGAGGAGAUAAACAACAGUCCUGCUCUUCUCCCCAACAUGACUCUGGGAUACAGAAUAUUUGACACCUGCAACACUGUGUCCAAAGCCCUGGAGGCCACACUGAGUUUUGUAGCCCAGAACAAGAUUGAUUCCUUGAACCUGGAUGAAUUCUGCAACUGUUCUGAGCACAUUCCCUCCACCAUUGCUGUGGUUGGAGCAACUGGCUCUGGUAUAUCUACUGCCGUGGCCAACCUGCUGGGACUGUUCUAUAUUCCUCAGGUCAGCUAUGCAUCAUCUAGUAGGCUCCUGAGUAACAAAAACCAGUACAAGUCUUUCCUCCGGACCAUCCCUAAUGAUGAGCAUCAAGCCACUGCAAUGGCAGACAUCAUUGAGUAUUUCCGCUGGAAUUGGGUGGGCACCAUUGCUGCAGAUGACGACUAUGGUCGUCCAGGGAUUGAGAAGUUCCGAGAGGAGGCAGAAGAGAGGGACAUCUGCAUUAACUUCAGCGAGCUCAUCUCCCAGUACUCUGAUGAGGAUGAGAUACAACAUGUGGUGGAGGUCAUCCAGAAUUCCACAGCCAAAGUGAUUGUUGUCUUCUCCAGCGGCCCUGAUCUGGAACCUCUCAUCAAGGAGAUUGUUCGUCGGAACAUCACAGGCAGGAUAUGGUUGGCCAGUGAGGCCUGGGCCAGCUCCUCACUCAUAGCCAUGCCUGAGUUUUUCCAUGUUAUUGGAGGCACAAUUGGGUUUGGACUAAAGGCAGGGCAGAUUCCAGGGUUCCGGGAGUUCCUUCAGAAGGUACACCCCAAGAAGUCAGUUCACAAUGGUUUUGCCAAGGAGUUUUGGGAGGAGACAUUUAAUUGUCACCUCCAAGAAGGUUCUAAAGGUUCUCUGUCUUUAGACCCUUUUCAGAAAAGUCGUGAAGAAGGAGGCAGGAACAGACCUAACAACACAACCACGACUUUCCGUCCUCUAUGUACUGGGGAUGAGAACAUCACCAGUGUUGAGACGCCGUAUAUGGACUACACCCAUUUGCGGAUAUCUUAUAACGUAUACCUGGCUGUCUACUCCAUUGCCCAUGCCCUACAGGACAUAUACACCUGCUCCCCUGGGAAAGGGCUCUUCACCAAUGGCUCCUGUGCAGACAUCAAAAAGGUCGAGGCUUGGCAGGUUUUGAAACAUCUGCGACACUUAAACUUCACCAGCAAUAUGGGUGAGCAGGUAGAUUUUGAUGAGUUUGGGGACCUGGUGGGCAACUAUUCAAUCAUCAACUGGCACCUUUCUCCAGAGGAUGGCUCCAUCGUGUUUAAGGAGGUUGGGCAUUACAACGUCUAUGCCAAGAAGGGUGAACGACUCUUCAUCAAUGAGGAGAAAAUUCUGUGGAGUGGAUUCUCCAGGGAGGUGCCAUUCUCCAACUGCAGCAGAGACUGUCUGGCAGGAACCAGGAAAGGCAUCAUUGAGGGGGAGCCUACCUGUUGCUUUGAAUGUGUGGAAUGCCCUGAUGGCGAGUACAGUGAUGAAACAGAUGCAAGUGCUUGUGACAAGUGUCCCGAUGACUCCUGGUCCAAUGAAAAUCAUACUUCCUGCAUUGCUAAGCAGAUUGAAUUUCUUUCUUGGACAGAGCCAUUUGGAAUUGCCCUCACCCUUUUUGCAGUUCUGGGUAUCUUCCUAACAUCUUUUGUACUGGGAGUCUUCAUCAAGUUCCGAAAUACACCCAUUGUCAAGGCAACCAACAGGGAACUCUCCUACCUCCUUCUCUUUUCCUUGCUUUGCUGUUUUUCCAGCUCUUUGUUCUUCAUUGGUGAGCCCCAGGACUGGACAUGCUGUCUGCGCCAGCCAGCCUUUGGAAUCAGCUUUGUGCUAUGCAUCUCUUGCAUCUUGGUGAAAACCAAUCGGAUCCUCUUGGUGUUUGAGGCCAAAAUUCCCACCAGCCUCCACCGUAAGUGGUGGGGCCUCAACCUCCAGUUUCUCCUUGUUUUCCUCUGCACAUUCAUGCAGAUUGUCAUAUGUGUCAUUUGGCUCUACAAUGCUCCCCCUUCCAGCUACCGGAACUAUGAGCUAGAAGAUGAAAUCAUCUUUAUCACUUGCCAUGAAGGUUCCCUUAUGGCCCUGGGCUUCUUGAUUGGCUAUACCUGCCUUCUGGCUGCCAUCUGCUUCUUCUUUGCAUUCAAGUCCAGGAAGCUGCCCGAGAACUUCAACGAAGCCAAGUUCAUCACCUUCAGCAUGCUCAUCUUCUUCAUCGUCUGGAUCUCCUUCAUCCCGGCUUAUGCCAGCACCUAUGGCAAGUUUGUCUCUGCUGUGGAGGUGAUUGCUAUCCUGGCUGCCAGCUUUGGCUUACUGGCCUGCAUCUUUUUCAAUAAAGUCUACAUCAUCCUCUUCAAGCCCUCUCGGAAUACCAUCGAGGAAGUGCGCUGUAGCACGGCAGCCCACGCUUUCAAGGUGGCAGCCCGGGCCACCUUGCGCCGAAGCAACGUCUCCAGGAAGCGCUCCAACAGCCUUGGGGGCUCCACGGGGUCAACCCCAUCCUCUUCCAUGAGUAGCAAGAGUAACUCCGAGGACCCCUUCCCGCAGCCUGAGAGAGAGAAAGAGCAGCAGCAACAACAACCCUUGACCCCACAGCCGCAGCGGCCACAGCAGCAACACCGCUGUAAGCAAAAAGUGAUCUUUGGCAGCGGGACGGUCACCUUUUCCCUGAGCUUUGAUGAACCCCAGAAGAACGCCACGGCGCACAAGGUGGCCAAACAGCAGAACUCCCUAGAGGCCCAGAAUAGUGGCGACAGCCUGGCACGGCGCCAAGCCCUACUUCCUCUUCAGAGCAGCGAGGGAGGAGCAGGACUGGGCAGCGGGGACUCAGGCUCAAAUGAGUCUGUGGUGGGUGAUAGCCAGUCAGAGUCCCAGAUCCCUGAAGAAAUGUCGCCAGCCCUUGUGGUAUCCAACUCAAGGGGUUUUAUCAUCAGCGGCGGGGGCAGUGCCAUCACAGAAAAGAAACUUCAUUCCUAAAGAGAGACAGAGGCUGAUCCAGAAAGGAUUCCAAGCGACAGCCUCACUCAAAUAUAACGUCUAACUGUGAGAAGAAACUAGAGUGUGUUGUUGUCCAUAGAUACCUCUUUCUCUCUGGAGAUGGAAGGUGAACCAAGUAGAUAUAAGACACUAAUGUUUGGAGGAAACUAUAGUGCAUUAUCGUCCAUAGAUUUCUCUUUCACUCUGGAGAUGGAAGGAAAGCCUCGUAGAUAUAAGACUAACGUUUUUAUAGUCCCGAACUUAGAUUGAAUCAUUGAAGUUGCCAGGAUUGGCAACUUAAAAAAAUAAAAGUCAUGCUCUUUUGGGGGUUUAGUCAGAACACUGAUACUGCUUUUUCAUGAUGCUGGGUGCCUGGUAGGGUUGGAGCUCCCCAAAUUUAGAGCUGUCCAGAAGUGGAGUGGGCUGCUUUGGACAGUGCUGGGAUUGCUAGCACUUGAGGUCUUCAAGCAGAGGCUGGAUUUCUGACUGACCACUUGGCAGGGAUAUUAUGCAGGAGAUUCUGGUUCUGACCCAGGUUGGCCCAAGCGGCCUCCAAGGUCUCUUCCAGUUCUGGAAUUGUGGGAUAUAUUCCUGCUUCUUUUGACAACUAGAUUCUGUAUUUCUACUCUAAGCCACCACAGGGCCAAUAGGGGAUAACCAACAAAACAUUGAAUUUCCUCCUCCUUCUCCUCUGUGGUGUAUGUGUGUCUGUGGAGGGGUGUAUUAAAUGGCAUGUGUUAACUAUGUAUCCUGGGAGGAAACUGACAGCCUUAGAUGACGGUGAACUCGGGAUUUUAGGUGUGACAUGACCCAAGGAAAAUGACUGAAAGGCACAAUGCCAAUGAAUAGCCUAGCCAUGUAAAGUAUUUUCCAUGCUUGAAAUAAAGCAUAUAUGAAUGCU